AUGAAGGCGGCUCCGGAACGGCUACGGCCAAAUAUUCCGAUUGUGAUGAUUACCUCAAAGCCGGUUCCCGUAGAUCUCACGAAAAGACGAGAAUCGCUGGAUCUUGCGUUUAUUAUUGACACAACUGGUAGUAUGUCAUCUUACAUUGAGACGGCCAGACGUAACAUACAGAGGGUCGUCGACGAAAUAUCAACAGAUUCUAACAAAGAUAUCCAGUUCGCGCUUGUCGAAUACAGGGACCACCCUCAACAGGACCACACUUACGUCUUCAGAAAACAUGACUUCACGCCGUCGGUCUCUACCAUGAAAUCAUGGUUGGACGCCUCUCAGGCGUCAGGUGGCGGAGACACGCAAGAAGCCGUAGCAGACGCCCUACACACCUGGAAUUCGUUGUCAUGGAGACCAAACGCCGUAAAAAUCGCCGUCCUGAUUUCGGACGCGCCGCCACAUGGUCUGGUGACGUCAGGUGACAGGUGGCCAGACGGUGAUCCUCUAGGCAUUGAUCCAGUCAAAAUGGCGUACAGAAUGGCAAGGAUUGGCAUAACACUGUAUUCGGUCGGCUGCGAACCUUCCAUUCUACCUUACAAAGACUUUUUCCAAGCGUUGGCUUACAUUGCCGGGGGUCAGUACGUACCAUUAUCAACUCCACAAGCACUAAUUGAUGCCAUAAUCGGUGGAGCUAAAGAAGAGUUGGCUAUGAGGAAAAUCAGCGAAGAAGUAGACAAAGAAGUUUCAGCAGUUAAGGCUAAAGGUGGAAAGCCUGAGAGGGAUGCCAUUACAAGGUCAGUUUACGACAGACUUCACAAAUCCGGGACAAAAGCAACCACCUUACUAAAAAACAACAAACCGUUAGCAGGACCGUCGAAGGCUGCGCUCGAAAUCGCUAAAUCGAAGUCUCUUCCUGAAGCUAAGAAGAUAUUUGCGAAGAUGGUUCCCGGUGGAAGUGGAAGUCCGCCGGUUUCACCUCCAGUUUCCGAAGUCUACACCGCCGUUGAAAGACCAGUGAGCUAUGACCAGGUCUCCAGAGCGGCUAGCAAGGCCUUUGCUGCAAGUGCAUAGGAGGAAUUUUAAUCUUGCUAUUGUUUUGGACCGUUUGUUUUCAUUAUAGUACAAACGUUAUGCAGAGGACUAACCUUGAACGAUUGCAAUUAAGUUUCCACGUAUUUAGCAAACAGAAAAAAAUGGAAAUGUGUGUUUUAUUUCCCCAAUGUAAAGUAUGGUGGAGUAAAUGCUUUCGACAAUG